AUGCUGUCGACCUCUCUUCUCAGUUUCAUACAAGAUAGGAUUUUCAGAGAAGAUUGUAAAACAGUUCAAGUCUAUGAAGCUCGGACCAAGCAAAUCGUGGCUGCUGCCCUUCAUGGAUUCAACGGAACUGUGUUUGCUUAUGGGCAAACUAAUAGUGGCAAGACACAUACAAUGCGAGGCUCACCGACUGAACCAGGCAGGAGUCAUCCAACCCCUCUUGCUGUUCAUGAUUUGUUUGACACUAUAUAUCAUCAGGAUGCAAGCAGGGAGUUUCUUGUGCGUAUGUCGUACCUUGAAAUUUAUACUCGAAGAGAUAAACGAUCUCUUGGCUCCUGA